GGAAACUGAACAGAAGACUUGGAGUCCUUUUGUGUUCCUGUGCAUUUCCCAAGACUCCUGAAGCGCGCCUGUGGACUUGGCCUUCAAAAGAUAACUGGACGCCGAAUUAUGCACAACGUCAAAGAAAUGGAUUCCCAGAGACUUCCUGGUCCCCAAGUCUCACCCGAAGACCAGCCAGUUCAACUCUCUUGCCUUCAAGCCAUACCAGCAGCAUCAAAUUUCUUACUGAGCCCAGUGAUUCUGCAGCCAGAACAAGCACAUUCCCAGACAAUAUACCUGAAAGCCCUUACUAUUCCUCUUUAUCAACCUAUCCAGUCAGAAUGCCUUCAGCCAAACUGCCAGAUGCCUGCAGGCCAAACUACUUUCAACUUAAAGAACAGUCAAAUGCCUUUAAUCCUGAACCCUCUGGUACAUUCGGAGGGAACUGAGCAACUUCAGGCCUCCCCUCAGAAGCCACCCCAGGCAAUAAACAUAAUUGGUAGUUUACCGGUUUUGCCACAAAACUCUUCUCCCUGCACACCACUUGGCAGCCCAGGGAAAUCUUCCAAAAGUGCUGGGAAGUAUCUUUGUAAGCACUGUGGACGCGAUUGCCUCAAGCCAAGCGUUCUGGAGAAACACCUGCGCUCACACACCGGGGAGAGGCCUUUCCCGUGUACCACGUGUGGCAUCGCGUUCAAAACUCAGAGCAAUCUGUAUAAACACAGGAGGACCCAAACUCAUGUCAACAACACGAGGCUGCCCUCAGAGUCUGAAAGCGGCAGCCUGUUAGAGGAGAGCGAGAAGGAGGCCGAGAACGCUCAGAUGACAAAAACCAGCGAUAGGAUCAGCGAUUACCCAAGGGCAGUUAUUAAACAAGCCAUGUCAGAGUCUACAACUGCUGUAGCCAGUGAGAAGCAUCUACCGACUGCUUUGUUACCAGCAGCGAAUGCUUUAACUGUCGUAUCUGAAGACCACUUUGGGGCACCUGAGAACCCCCCACAUGGAGGGGGGAACGAGAGUGUCCUUGAAAAAGACACCAUGAAAGAUCUUGCCAAUCUACUCCAGAGAAGGAAAGUGCAGGAACAGAGGUCUCCGAUGGUCAGCCAGCAUUCUCAGCUGCAGAGGCAGCAGGCCACGUAUCCAGAGAGGCUGUGGGAUAGCAAAUCUCCAGACUACAAGCUAAAGAAAUGCGAGAGCACCGACUCAGGGUACCUGUCACGCUCAGACAGCGUGGAGCAGCAGAUGCUAUCCCCCAGCCCACUACACAGUCUUUGUGAGCACAGCACAGAGUCGGAGAUCGAUGCCUCCAUGAGCGAUCUCGGGUGCGCAGCAGCAAAUCUUUCAAAGGCCGAUGUGGCCGAGAAAGCAACUGGAAGCUUGGGGUUAGAAAAGAAGAAGCUCGAGGAGCACAUUUCUAAGCUAAUCUCUCAGAAUAAAGCGGUGGUGGACGACACUCACCUGGACAACGUGAGGCCCAGAAAAACAGUCUUGUCCAAGCAGGGGAGCAUUGACUUGCCGAUGCCUUACACGUACAAAGACUCGUUCCAUUUUGCCAUACGAUGUCUUGACGUCAACAGGAGAAAGAACUUGUCCCUUUGCCCCUCCAAGUCCACCUUCACGCCGGUCGAAAAAGCCAAACCGUUGUUUUUUCACUCAGUGCCCACUCAGUUCUCCACCACCAUAGACUGUGUGCCUGUCACCAGGAGCAACUCCUUGCCUUUCGUUGAGAGCACCAGGAGAUUUCAGGACCGAGGGGACAGUUCGCCAUUCUCGGCUUUCUCACGAGUGCCCCCAAACACGAGUUUUUCCGGUCUGUCGCACAGCAACGACUUUGGUGUGAGUGCGGAGGCUUUUCCCACCAGCCAUCCCCGGGCACUUGUCAGACAGGCGGCAGUAGACGACUUGCCGCUUGGGAACGUGAUGGAACCGUCGCCUUCUUCAGAAGAGGUGAAAGGCACCCACAAGACCGAAGCCAGAGUCGAAGGAGUGAACACAAAGUAUAAGAAACCCAGCCAGAGGAAAGUCAAAAUGUUCUCUCAGGACAAAUGGCAGGUCUACGGGGACGAGACGUUUAAGAAAAUCUACCAGAAAAUGAAAAGCAAUCAAACAACAAAGAAACAAAAGGGAAAUAAGGUAACCGAUGUUUCAAGUUGCCAGUCUGAUACCAAGGAAGUUGCUAGUCAUGAGAGCAUCACUGGGUCUAGAAGUGGCCAAUGUGCGUUACCUAAGAAUCUAGUUUCAUCUCCAGCAGCUGCUCCUGCUAAGUUAAAGACUGAAGAGUCAGAAGGAAGCUCCAUUGGUGGUCGGAUAUCACAGAGUGCAUCCUCUCAGGAGAGUUCGGGCAGUUCUUUGGAACUGAUGGAGACAUCCUUUUCAGCCAGUGAUGGAGAACACAGUGGGAUGCUUAAAACGUUUUCUGACUGUAGAUGCAGAGGAAUGUGUGCAUUCAAAAAAGAUCCCAAUGAUGACAACCAGGUACUGUCUUUAAGUGCUAGGUGUCAAUUGAAACUCCAACUUCACCAGGCCUCAGGCGAAGAGAGGACUAGCUUGCAGAAGUGUGGUGAUAAAUCAGAGGAGAUGUGUAGACAAGAGUAUAUGAAACAUGUGCCAGAACGUGAAGAUAUUUCACUUGUCAAAGGGGAAGCCCUUGGCGGGAAGGAAAGCUGCUCGCUUGCACAAGGGGGCUUACCAGUACCUCAGGGCACCUGUGGCCAACCUGACCAGGAAUCCCAGAAGUUGCCUUCGGAGAGGAAAAAGCUAAAAGUGGAUGAACUGAAGAGCAAAGAGAGCAUGUUAAACACCAGCAGCGGUCCUAACCGUCCAAAGGAGAGCAUUUUGAAAUUUCUAGAUCAGUUCAAAAUUAUUGACGUCAUUGCUCCUGUUUCAGUAAAACAUUCUACCAGAGAAAAAAAGCAGAAAGUCACAGCAGACAUGAAUUCAUUAGGCAGCAGUGUGGAAUGCAAAGAAUCUGUCCAAAAGCUAACAAUGAGCUCAAAUGAUAAGGAUUAUAUUGCAGAUAACAUAGUGAGUGUUACUGCAUUUUCGUUUUCCGAACAACUCAGGGCUGAGGUGACAAAGGAAUACAUCUGCAGUUCCUAUUCUUUUCAUAAACUAUCAGAACGUACCAGUCCAACGAUAAUAGGGACACAAAUGUUACCUCAGAAAGGAGACGUAGCAACAACAUCUUCAUCCAUUCAGCCACUAGCAAUUCCCCAUCUAAAGAAAAAUGAGUUUCUCCCUAAGUAUCUUCUCAAGUAUCCACAAGAAGGAAACAUUAGAGAUGUGUCACUGAUUCCUCCAGGAGAGUUGGACCAAAAGGGAUGUAUUUCACUGCCAAUGACUUCCACCGGUUCUGUUAACCUUUCCCAUAAUAGCAAUUUGCUGGGUACCAGUUCUGCAGAUGUCCGUGUGUGCCCUUUGCAACUGGACCUGAGUCCUCCGACCAGAACAAAAGAGCUAAAAUGGGAUGCUCACCCAACAUGGAAGUCUCUUGUAGCUCGUUCACCAGCAAUCCUAGAAACAACCAGCAUCGCAACCAGGGUAGACGAGAGACAUCAUAACCUCCAGAGUGCUUGGCAGAAAGAGAAGGCGAAAGAAGUCUUGACAGGAACAAGAGACAGGGACAAUUUUGGUGAAGUGCCAGAAGGUUACGGGGGCGCCGUGGUCUGCUCAUCCUGUGCAGCAGGAAAGAAAAUAUGUUUCACAACUAUGUAUGCAGGAAGUUUUUUAAUUUCUUCAGACAUGACCGAGAGGAAUCCCGCCCUCAAGUUGAUAUGCUCAGGGAACAGUUCGGUAAUAUCAGUCUCCUCGCUGGUUGAAAGGGCAGCUUUGUGUGGGAAUCAUGACAACAUCAAGAAGCUGGAACCAGACAUUAGCUCGUUUUCACGGUUGCCCGCCUCUUCGAUGGAGAGUUCCAGGUGCCUUUGCCAUUCUUCCGACAUGCUUUAUUGCCACGUGGUCUGUACCCCGCAGAAGGAUGUUUGCACACUGUCCAAACUGAGCAGGAUUUCAAAUAUAGGGAAUUCAAAAAUCCAUGGGUCCAGCAUAUCCUUCCCUACGCUCAGUGCUGAACCUCGGUUGACUUGGUGCUGUUUAACCCGGAACCUCCCUCUUCCCAUUGAGCAGAAGGAGAAGAAAGAUUCGGCAUAUUCUUCCUUGCACACCUGCAAAAAUGAAAAAGCCGACUCGAAAUGCUGCCGGACGUUUUGCAAAACGAAACUCGCCAGGCAGGCUGCUAGUGAGGGCUCAGCCAGUGGAAUUGCAAACACACCAGUGUCUUUUUUCACUGAGAGUCAGCAAAUACAAAAGCCGUACUUUUCAGCAGCUGGAGGCGAUGAGCUCCUGGAAAGCAUUUCAGAGCAAGGAAAGGCAAACAAAACUCUUUGCAAAAUAAAAGAACAUACAAGCGUCAGUAAAGCUAAAAGAAGCUGGAAACGAAAAAAAGUAAAAAUCAAUCCGAAACGAUAUAAAGGAAGCUACGGACAUAGACACCUAUUGCUGAAAAGCAGCUGGCUCAGCAAACAACACAGGGCUGUGUACAGGGCUCCAGAGGCUCCCAAAAAGCAUCGCCAUCCUUACAUCCUUGAUGGAUCUGAGCAUUGUGGGAAAUGUCUUUGUCUUUCAGCAGCAUUACAAGGACAUGAUCAAAACCUUCAGCAACAGACAUUUCCUUCUACAAUGAAUGAAGCAACCUCCGUUGUGAAAAAAUACCCAAUGAAAGAAAGAAUAAGUGACUCAGGAAUGAUGUUUUCAUCUCUUGGCAGCUUAAGGAACUUCAGGCGGGAAGAUUCAGAGGAUGAACAGGCUGCUUCUGGUCCUAUCAACGAACCUUCAAAUGCCGUCCUUUCCCUUCAGAGGACAGUUCCAGCAACAUAUUCCUGCACAUUACCCGGUCAUGCGCUGGCUCGAAAAGAUGAGGGCCUAAAAGUCUGCUCCUUGGGAAAGCUAUUGAAAGAGCCACAGCCUGCGAUACAUCCCGAAUACCCUUGCACAUCUGCUGGAGCUUGUCACUUUGAAUUCAGAGAUCCAGACGAGAGCCAACCUUGCAGCUGUCCACAUUCAGACAUUACAAGGCCUCUUUCUGAUGGGCCAAAAACAGACUGCAAAAACAUACUUUGUAUGGAAUCCCAAAGUCAAAACGUUGCCUUCUCAGAGCCACUGUCCGACAUCCCAGGAAGAACCAAACAACCCAAGAAGGGCAACUCAUUUGUACCUUCACACGAAAAACUUGGCCCUGUAAUCCAAACUCCGUGCUACCUUUCGCUCAGAUCAAAACUGCUUGCUGAAACAUUGAUUUCAAAUGUUUGUUUGGCCAGUUCAAGGCUUGGCCAAGAGACCACCAGGAUUCCUCCCUGCCACGGAUGUGCAGAUAAGAACAGCAGCUCGGUGCAGCUGGAUGGUCGGCAAGGGAAAUUUUGCACAGCUGAAUCUCCCGCUUUCAAAAACAACUCUGCGCCCUUGUGUAGCACUGGAACACCGUCCAAAUCUUACAAAAAGCAGACCUUGGAAAUGAUGAACAAACAAUCACAUGUUGAGGAAGACACAAGCAGUGAAGAUGAAGACAGGCUUGUUAUAGAAAUAUAGGCCCUUUCCCCACUUACCUUAAGUCCUACGCUACUCUCCUCAAGUAGCGCGGGGUCCCCCGGCA